AUGGCAAAACUGCUGCAUAGCUCCCCGGAUUGUGGGGAGAUGCGUGUGAAAGCGACGCAUGUCAUCUGUGCAGUCCCAAUAAAUCCGUGCAAACAAAAUCAGCGCUGCUUGGUUCCAUUUAUCAAAUUUUUUUGCUGCUUCGGCGUGUGGACCUUAUUAGCGCAUAUCUCAGGACUCGGGGAUAUUUAUUUACCCCAGUGGGAAAGCGAUGGGCGAGGCUGGGUGCUGCAAUCCGGAAUGUCGGACACGAUGCAUAGCAUUCGGUUCAAACUGGGCCCUCAAAACUUCGACAAGCUUAAGGUGGCUAAUUUUUGCAAUCGACCAACGAGACCGGGAGAAAACAAUGCGUUUCGCAACGCGAGAUAUUCUUCAACCUUGGCUUUAUACGCUGAAGCGGCGAAUCCCUGGACGAGAAAUAAUUGUUUACCGCGAUAUUCGCCAGGACAUGAGCUGGAUUCGUAUCACGCGAGGUUCGGAAGCAAAGUGGGCUUGAAUGCAGGAACUCUAGACCAAGGCUACUCAGCUUAUUACUACAGUAGUACCGAAAUCGUCGAGAACUUUAGAGCUCACGCGAACUAG